AUGAACAAGACCAAGGAAGCCGUCAAGGGAUUUGUGGCGCGCUCGGGCCACCACGAGACCGAGGUUCACGAGUCGAUCAAGCCUGCUGUGGUCCAUGAGAAUGUCAAGAAGACACAUCAGGAGGAGGUCAACACGGCCGUAGACCGUGAGAUUCACCACGACCACUACCACAACACCGUCCAGCCCGUGCAGGAUCGCCAGGUCCUGCCCGAGGAGCACCAUCACCAGGUUGCCGGUGUCGAGCACCGCGAGUUUGACAAGCGCAACCACGACGCCACCAAGCAGGCUCUUGCUUCUCAACAGGCCAAGUUCAAGGAUGAGAGGGUCGUCGAGCCUACUGUGCACACAAAGACCACUGCUCCUGUCGUCGAGGGCGAGCACCACCACCACCACAUCCACGAGACGGUGCAGCCCGUGAUCCAGCGCGAGACUGUGCAGCCCACAGUCGUGCACACCACAGUUCCUAUCCACGAGACACAUCACGAGCAGGCCCAGCACCACGCGGCAACUACCCUCCCUGCCAUCUCCAUGAAUGAGUUCAAGUCCAAGGGUGGCACUUUUGGCCAUGACAUCAAGCCCCACGAGCACCACUACCAUUACGACGGCGAGCCCACUACCGAUGGCAAGAUCGAGACCGGCACCCGCGGCGGAGUCGUCGGCGCGGGUCAUGGCGCCGACCAGCGCCACCACAACUCCUCGUCCACCGGCGCCGCGCACAACACCAUCGCCGGCGUGCGCACCGGCAAUCCGGGCACCGGCGCCGCGAGCAACCUCCCCGGCACCGGCGGCUCGGGCGUCGGCGGCAUGAGCGGCUCCGCGUCGGGCAUGAGCGCCGUCCCGCGCUCCGAGCAGCACAAGGUGAGCUCUGGCGGUGAUGGCACGUACCGCGAUGCCGGGGGCAACCCGGUCAAGGGUGAUGCGCACAAGAAGCCUAGCUUGCUGGACAAGCUCAACCCGCUUAAGGAUUCGGAUGGCGAUGGAAAGGCCGGAUUCAUGAAAUGA